AUGGACCAUAGUAAAGUGUACACUUACGACACGGACGAGCUGCUGGCGCCCGAGACGCUGUGUUUCACGCUUCUGGUGACUGCACCGUACAUGGACAGUGCGGAGGUGCGAGCGAAAUUGGCAGAUUUGCGGCGAUACCUCGACAUUGAGCUCAGACCGUAUGUGGAGCACUAUCCGUGGCAUGUGAGGCCCGUGGAGCACAAACUCGUGGACGACGGGCAUUUGUUUGUGUACGGGGAACUGGAGUACGGCGAGAGCAUGACGGAUCUUUGGACCGUGGCUAGUUUGCUGUUUAAAUUCACCUCCAGAGACGAGAACAUGUACUUGCACCUGCACGACCAGGACCGGGAGUUCUUGUUGAUCGAGGCGGCGGAGGAGGUGCCCGAGUGGCUGGAGCCGGACUGUGCGUCCAACAGAGUGUGGAUCAAUCAGCGACGGGUGGUUUGUAUGCCGCCAGAGUACUGCGAGGGCCGCAGUCCCUCGUUUGAGGAGGCCCUUGCUUUUCUGCAAACGGCGAGCUACCGUCUCGAGGUACUGCACGAGGUGACGGCGUGUGUUGCCAGGGUGUGCACGGGGUAUCCCGAAGAGGCUUUGAAACGCAUUUCGCUCGAGACGGUGCUGGUGAAGCCGUCCACUGCACGGAAGCUGGUUGCACAGAAGAUGUACGUUGUUGGGGCGGCCGUUGCAGAGUACAUGGACUCUGUGCGGAUGACCGGCGUGAAGACGCAGCGACGGGACGACGAGGAGCUUGUGCACGCGAAAAUACGAGUGAAUGCGAUCGUCCACGCAGAGCUGGAGCAGUACGGCCAGACCGCGGCCGGCAAGGGCGAGCUCAUAGAUCUGGCAAUGGAGGACAACGACGGCGAGGCUGGCGCGAUCGAGCAGCUUGAAGAGUACAACAAAACUAUAGAGAGCGACCCGCUGCAGACAGAGCUGCUACGGUACAACAUAAUUGACCAAAGGGUGGACUGGGAGCCGUUGGAGCCGCUUGAGGACGAGAAGGAGACGUACGAGGACGAUCUGGUAGAGAAGCUCAAGCGGUUCAUGGAGGAGGGCGAGAACGAGGACCCUGUUAGCGAGGCCGAGGACGACGGGGACGAUGAGGUCGAUGAAGACGAUUUCUUUGAGUUCUUUUGUCGGGAAGCGUUGCAUUUGAGCGGCGAGGAGCUGGAGCAGAUGCGGGCUGGCGACAGCGUUCCCAGCGGUGCAGAUCUCGAAACGUUGCAGAACCUGGCCCGCGCGGUGUCGGGGAACUCGCCGGCUGCCACACUGCUCAAUAAUCUCAAGUAA